AUGAGACCUUUUGAAGACUAAUUCGAAAAUUAUAAAAUUAUAAUCACUGAAUCCAUUAUUGCUAUUAAUACUAUUUUAUUUUCAAUUUCAGAAUCGCUAAUACUCUUUUCUAAAAUUGAUUUUCUUGCCAUUUUUGGCUGGAUUGAAAUUGUAGGAUUUUCCUUCAUCUUAUUGAGUUCCUUAAUUUUAGAUUUCUAUUAAUAACUUGGUAAACCAACCAGAUAAAUCUAUCAAAUUUUACAAAAAUGUGUAUCCAAAACAACACUAGAUAACUCUAAUUCUGCUAACCCUAUUAUCAAAGAAACGGUUGUUAAGUUUUUUUGA